AUAUGGGAUAAUAAAUCACCUUUAUUUAAAGAAAAGAAGCUACUAUCCCACCUACAUAAGCAUUCCCAGAAUCUCAGUUCACUUUAUUUUUCUCGAGAAACAAACAAAGGAGAGAAAAUGAAGAAGUGGAGUGUAGUUAUUUUCUUGGUGAUUCUUGCAACUCAGAAACAGGGGAUCUUUCUUCAAGUAGAAGCAGCAAAUGGGUUCAUAAGUACCAGGGGAGUGCAAUUUAUGUUAAAUGGCAGUCCAUUUUAUGCAAAUGGAUUCAAUGCUUACUGGCUCAUGUAUUUUGCAACCGACAAUUCUAUGAAAGACAAAGUUUCUUCAGUUUUUCAAGAAGCUAGAAACCAUGGCCUCUCACUUGCAAGAACUUGGGCUUUUAAUGAUGGUCAAGAUAGAGCUCUUCAAUCCUCUCCUGGCUCCUACGAUGAACAGGCCUUUCAGGGAUUGGAUUUUGUAAUAUCUGAAGCAAAGAAAAAUGGGAUUAAGCUAAUUUUGAGUUUGGUGAACAAUUAUGAAAGCUUUGGAGGGAAAAAACAGUAUGUGAACUGGGCUAGGAGUCAAGGCCAGUCUGUUUCAUCUGAUGAUGAUUUCUUUACAAAUUCUUUAAUCAAAGGUUACUAUAAGAAUCAUAUCAAGACUGUGCUUACGAGACGCAAUAGCAUCACCGGAGUUGCUUAUAAAGAUGAGCCGACGAUAAUGGCUUGGGAGCUUAUGAAUGAGCCCAGAUGCACCUCUGAUCCUUCAGGAAAAACCAUUCAGAGUUGGAUUUCGGAGAUGGCUUCUCACUUGAAAUCCAUAGAUAGCAAUCACUUGCUGGAAGUAGGCUUGGAAGGGUUUUACGGGCAAUCUUCAUCACAAAAACAGCAAUACAAUCCAAAUUUUCAGAUAGGUACAGAUUUCAUUGCAAAUAAUCAGAUUCCAGGCAUCGACUUCGCCACUGUUCACUCGUAUCCUGAUCAAUGGUUACCCAGUGCAGAUGAUGAGAGGCAGAAAUCUUUCUUGAACAAUUGGCUCAACAAUCACAUUGAGGAUGCACAGAACAUACUUCACAAGCCACUUCUAUUUGCAGAGUUUGGGAAAUCAUCGAAAACGGCCGCAUAUAAUCAAAGGGAUCAGCUCUUCAAUACAGUCUACUCUGCUAUUUAUUCAUCGGCUAGAGCCGGAGGUGCUGCUGCAGGCGGCAUGUUCUGGCAACUUCUUACUGAAGGAAUGGACUCGUUCCGCGACGGAUAUGAGGUGGUUUUCAGUGAGAAUCCCUCAACAGCUGGCAUUAUAGCUGAUCAGUCGCAAAAACUUAACAAGAUAAGGAAGAUGUAUGCAAGACUUAGAAAUAUUGAGAAGUGGAACAGAGCUCGACAGAUUAGAACAGCUCAAUGGUGGGCUAGUACUAAUAGCACUAAUGUAGAAAACUGAAAAAAAAAAAAACAAGUCGUUAAACAGUUUCCAUUAUAUCAUAGUAGUAAAAUAUCUAUAUCUCUAAAGAACAAAGAGUGUAUCUAGAUCGUGCCAACUCAUGAGCUAUUUGGAAUUGAUUUAAAAAUUAUUUAAAAUCGAUUUGAUGUUAACAGAAUCAAAAUCGAUUUGAUGUUAACAGAAUCAAAAUCGAAUUUGAAUAACUUAAGUCAAUUAUCGAAUCGAGCUGGAGUUCGAGCUCCUAGUCAGUCAAUUGUCGAGCUGAAUUCAAAUAUCAACAUAUUUAGCUCAAUAGAUGAGCAAAUCUAAUCGAACUUUAAUUAAUUUA